AUGACAAGAUCGAUAACCCUAAUCCACGUGACAGUCCUGCACGCGUCACUUCCGGGAACAAGGACACCGUGUCACGGUGACCGUCUGGAUAUCAUCGACAGCGACAAAGUUACAGUGCUCAGUGGUAAAGACGGUAUCUGCGGAGAUUUUACCGGCUCGUUUGACUCCACCCACAACACUGUGUACUUCCGGGUGACGUCAUCAAAUGUGACGCUUAAUGGCAGGGCAAGGGUGCUGUUCAGUGCUUUCAAUAGUGACACGUGCGACACAGAGAAAGAGUUUUGCUGCGACAACGGGCGCUGUGUCGACGAGAGUAUGACGUGUGACGGCUACGACGAUUGUGGUGACGACAGCGACGAGGACGACGGCUGCAUGUUCUCUACUGGUGUCAUCGCCGGCAUUGCUGUCGGGUCGUGUGUUGCCAUGAUGCUGAUGGUGGCUGUGGUAGUGUUGGCAUGGAAACGAAAAUGGCGGACUGGAUGGGGUGCUGGUCCUAACCCUUCAUUACAGCCAUACUCCAUCAAUGAAGAGCGUCAAAAACUCCUAUCAUGAGGAAA